AAAACAACUUGUAUAAUGCCACCAAUUCGGACAAACUUGUCACAACAAUCCCUGCCCUGAAUACUCUCUUUCUCUCUCUAGGCCCAUCUAUAUAUCCUCCAUUCAUUGAUCUAUCAAUCUAUCUAAUCUAUCUGGUGAAGAAAAAACUAUCAAGCUAGAGCCUAGUUAGUUAUCAGAGGUGAGUUUCCUUUUUAUGUUGAAGGUGAAAAAAUGAGCAGAAAGUGCUCACAUUGUGGAAAUAUAGGCCAUAACACUAGGACCUGCACCACCUACACCACCCUGGGCGGACCCAGUUCUACCGGAGGAGCAGGUGGUGGUGGUGGUGGUGUAAGGCUAUUUGGGGUGCAGCUUGACCCAUCAUCAUCAUCAUCAUCAUCUUCUUCAUCAAUGUCUUGUGUUUCCAUGAGAAAGAGUCUAAGCAUGGACUGUUUUCCUUCCUCAAGAGUUUCUAUCAUUAAUAUCCCUUCCUAUCAUGAUCUCCUAGGACCAACUCACGAGAGGAAAAAGGGAACAGCAUGGACAGAAGAGGAACAUAGAUCAUUUCUGGUUGGUCUUGAUAAGCUUGGUAAGGGUGAUUGGAAAGGUAUUUCCAAAAACUUUGUCAUCACAAGAACACCUACCCAAGUUGCUAGUCAUGCUCAGAAGUACUUCCUUAGAUUAUCAACUUUUAACACCAAGAAACGACGCUCAAGCCUCUUUGACAUGGCGACGGCAGCUAGCUCUUCUGGGUCUGAACCAAUUGAUUCAGAUUAUAAUGCUCAAGGACCGGUCCUGCCUUUUAUUCAAAACGCCAAUCUCCAAGAGAGUAACCUUACAUCGCUGGUCUGGAACAACUUGGAACCCGAAAACUUCUCCAUCAAUGAGGGCGGGCAUACAACAAGUUUCUUCUAACACCUCAAAUUGAUCAUUCAUCUUUUGGUUAAUCACUAAUUCCUGAUGGAGACACUAUCUUAUAGUUAGUUAGUAGAUAUGUUCAGUCUAAACAUUAUAUAUCAUUUCAUUCAGACAUUUGAUCAUCAUGCAUAUUUUGAGCUAACUAUAACUUCAUAAACAUUCAAUUUAAUGCCAAUAAUAUUAUUCGAACCAG